CCUUCGCUCGCUGCCGUUUUUCUCUCCCCUCCACCCGCCGCCGCCGCUGCCAUAUUCUCCGCCCCAUCCGAUGGCUUCUGCUAGGUUUGGUGCUGUCCAGCAGAUGGAAGACCGUGGAGCGUUCGGGACCAAGAGGUCGCGCAAUGACGUAUGGGAGGGUGACUGGAAUUGUCUUCAGUGUGGUAAUGUCAACUUCAGUUUUAGAAAUGUUUGCAACCGUGGAGCCUGUGGUGCACCUCGUCCAUCACCGAGUCCAAGCCCAAGAAUGAUGCCAGCGCUCGCUGGUGGUGGAUAUGAUCGGUCGCCUCUAUUUUACGGUAGCACUGGUGCCCCCCCGCCUCACAUUCCUCUUGGAUCAGCUAGCUAUGGUGCUCCAUAUCCGCAUGUUGGAAUGCGGUAUGGUUAUGGUCCACCAGUUGGACCUCAUGGCUCAUAUGGUCUCAGUUCUUAUGGCCAACCUGGUCCAAUGGGGGGGAUGGGUUAUGCCCACGGACCUGAGUUGGGUCGAUAUGGACCUGAGUUGGGUCGAUACGGCUAUGGAUUUAGAGGAUCUCCAAUGCCGGUUUCUAGCCCAUGGUCUGAUGGAGCAUUAGUGGAAAAUAAUAACAGCACUGCUUCACGAAAGCGGCGUGGAGGCCCACAUGGACUGUCUGAGGGUGACUGGGAAUGCCCCAAGUGUGGUAAUGUAAAUUUUGCCUUCAGAAACACUUGCAACAUGAAGAAAUGUGAAGAACCAAGGCCGACUCCUGGAGCUAAUUCGAGCUCGUCGUCUCGCAAAGACAAAGAUACCCCAGAAGGGAGCUGGACCUGUCCGGAGUGCAAUAACCUGAACUACCCCUUCCGCACAGUGUGCAAUCGGAAAGGGUGCUCAUGUAGUAAGCCAGACUCAUCAAGCAACUAGUCCUAGCUUCUCAACCGUGAUGUGAACUAUCGUCCAAGCAUUGUUGUACCCUAGCUAUACAAGCUUACUGUAAACUGCACAGAUGUGUUUUCUGUUCCCUGUGAACAAACAUUCAUAUCGACUAUGCAGCUU